AUGGUCAACGGUGGCCCCACAGCGCCCGAGCACAGGCCCCAGGGAGCCAGGGACACCAGCUGCCAAACCCCUGCCAGAGGCCAGCCACCCAGGGGCAAGCAAGGCACCAGGAGCCACCCUGGAAACCAGACCCCCGAGACAACCACCCACUGUGGGCCAAGGUGGGACCCCAGUCUGAAGCUGAUCGAGAAGGCUAUGCUGCCAAAUGCAUCUGGAACCACAACCCAGAGCUGGAGGACAACGGGGGAGAACCUGUUCGUGGGGACCGGCCUCUGGACCUCCCGAGUGGCCCUGGAGAAGUGGUUCCUGGAACAUCUGGACUACGAAUACAACAACAACAGCUGUGAUGAAGACAAGAUGGUUUGUGUUGUUUGUUCCAGAUGGGUGUGGGCAGACACACACAGAGUGGGCUGUGCCUUUCAUCUGUGUAACCAAAUGGAAGGACUGGACUGGGAAAGAGUGUCCUUCCUGGUCUGUAACUACUACCCAGCGGGGAAUUAUGAAGGGGAGCGUCCAUAUGUAGAAGGAGACUGGUGUUCCAGAUGUCCAGAGAACCUGCAAAGAUGUGAGAACAACCUCUGUGUUGCUGAGGAGGAGGAAGAGGAUGAAACAGUGACUCCUCCCCCUGCGACCCCUGACCCAACAGACUAACAACAAAAUGAGGAGCAGAAGGAGGUUCCGCCACCUGUUUCUGACACCACCCCUGCUCCCAGAGCUCCCACUAUCACCCUCCUCCUCCUCAGGAGACGCAGACGCCUCCACACCUCCAACUCCAGAUGCCCCCACCCAGAGCCAUCCUCCACAGGAAAGGGAGAGAGUGAAGGAGGUGGAGGAGGAGACGAAGGAGGUGAAGGAGGAGGAGACUAAGGAGGUUAAAGAGGAGACAAGGAGGUGGAGGAGGACAUGGGUAGAAAGAUGGACAAAGAUUGGAGCAAAGGACAGAAAAAUAAGAUGGAGGAAAAAAAGUAGAGGUGUGAAGGAGGCGCAUGACAGUAGGACAGACAUCUGC